CCGCUAGAGGGCCACCACAGACAAGCAUCCACAAUGGCGGCCGUUCAGUUUUGUUGCUAACUGCGAGGUGUCUUCUUUUCUGUCCGAAUAAGAAUGAAUAAGAACCGUGCAGCUAUGAUGAAGGAUCACAAGUGCACUGCUAAAUCUUAUGCUGACUGCGUCACCCUCGAAGAAGCAACAUUUUCCACCGUUAUUUAGUGCAAGCGCCUGUGAAGUGCACUCGCGCAUCACGUACCCUGCCUGAUGCGGCUUCAAACGCAGUGUCAUGUCGUAGACCCACAUUUUUCUUCCACUCCUAGAGACGUUAUUGCGAAGCUACCUUGACCUGCGUGGGCCAUGCUGUGCGCAGCAGAACCACAAACUGAGCUCGCAAACGUAGUCCAAGACUACAGCGGCGUCAAGCGCGAGGGUGACUUGGAGCGCAAAAUCAAAAUCUUCUCACCCGUCCCACGGCCAGCGGAACCCCUUCAGCAGACGUCGGAUAGUGCCGUCUACCAGCCUUCCACGACCUACUGCGACGACCCUUACUGUCACUUAAAAGACCCCGCUGGUAGAGUACAGACCGCACAGGACGUGUCCAACCCUCCGGCGUCGUCCGAGAGCGACGCAGCUUGCGACAUCAGAGCUUGGAAAUGUGACGUUUGCUGCAAACAAUUUUCGCAGAAACACCACUUGCAGACGCAUCUGUUGUGCCACUCUGGUUUGAAACGCUACGAGUGUCACGUCUGUCACAAAUCGUUCAAGCAGCAGGCGCAUCUCAAUACUCAUCUUCUGAUUCACGAAGGAAGAAGACCACAUCGAUGUCCACACUGUGAUCAUUCCUUUUUGCAGGUGACUCACCUCAAGCGCCACAUGGUGACACACGGGGGCAGCGGCUGCCUUCCCUGUUCCCUCUGCGGGCGACGCUUUGCCUUUCCCAGCGACCUCGCGGCCCACGUAACGAAGCAUCACCACGGUCAGGGCAGCAACGGCAGCACCCCCGGCCCGACCAGCGGACACCACCUCCAGUGCGAGGUGUGCGAGAGGCUGUUUCAGUACCCGAGCCAACUCCGCGACCACAUGCUCGUGCACACCCAGGUCCGACGCUUCGCCUGCCAGUCCUGCGGAAUGAGGUUCAUGAAGGAACACCACCUCAGGAACCACCAGGCAACCCACAGUGCCGUCAAGCCCUUCUCCUGCCCCGUGUGCGGAAGGGCGUUUUCGUUGAAGGCCAACAUGGAGAGGCACCUGUUGAUCCACGAAACGGAGAGGAGGUUCGCCUGCGAGCGUUGCGGAAAACGUUUUUCGCAGCCACAGACGCUCAAGAUGCACCUGGUUUCGCACGCGGAUAUCAAGCCGUACACGUGCUCCGUCUGCGGGAAGGGUCUGGCACGUGCACAUAACCUGCGUGCGCACAUGGCGAUUCAUCAGCACAGUAAGCCGCACCGCUGUCCGGACUGUACCAGCACGUUCACGCUCCGCGGCAACCUUGUGCGCCACCUCAAAGAGAAGCACGGCGUCAUCGUUCCGCGAAGCGGAGAAGACUUUCCUCAGUCGACGGAACCUCCUUCCACAUCCGCGAAUCCGGUGUCGGACAACGAGUCGCAAAGGGCGGCCGCAAAGCGGAGGAAAAACCCGCCGAAGAGGCUAAAAAAGUUUGGCGGAUCGGACGACAGCCUCAGCGACAAGUACGAGGACGAAAAAUACCAGGACCUCUCGACGGCGGGGCCAAAGUACGAGGAACUUCACUCCAUUCAACAAACGGACGAUUCGUCGCACGACCGUUCUCCUCCGCAUCAGCCUCCGUACUCCUGUUCGCCAAACUCCGACCACACGAGCAGCGUUCCGCAGAGCUCGGACGGAAACUGCCUCGAAGUUAGUUUAGAACAGCAGCAACAUUCUCCGCAGCAGCAACAUCCCAUAGAGCCAUUCCCUUCGUACUAUCACCACCUCCACGCCAUAACGGAUCCUGCUCCGACGGAUCACAAGCCGUUUCCCUUCCACGCGUUGCAGCCCACGCCUGGUCACCACCCCAUGUUUGGUGCCCCCGUUGCCCCCAAUUGUUUUUACACGGACCAGACUUUGCUGCCGUUGCCGGCACCGACAGCCGUCGUCGGACCGGAGGAAGUCGGGGUCAGACUUCAGGCACUCCACGCAGCUAUUGACGAUCUCGCGGGAAAAGUGGGGCCCGACCACGAAAAGGUGUCCGCGUUGCACGCGGCCCUGGACGAACUCGUGUCACAAACUGAGAGUCGUGCCACGCAAAAUUUGUAACGAGAAGGUAUUAGGGAAUACCUUCUUUCAGUGGAACGGCUUUUUUUUUUUUUUUCAUCGCCCUCGGAGGAAAUGCUUCUCGUUACCGAAGGUUGUGCAGAACAGAAAUGUGGCCAGUUAUGUGAUGCUUAUACCUUAAUUUCUUUGCUAAGUUUUUUUGUACAAGGUAGUAAGAAAAAAAACUUAGUGUUUAUAGUACUGGUCAAACUAUAAAUAGUGCUGUACAACUGAUAUAUAAGGUAACUUGUCCUUUGUAAGGUAACAGCCAGUGAGGGUUCGCUACUUGAAUCAAUCGUCUACAACUCGCAAAAUAUUUGGUUUCGAGAUACACAGGUACAAAAGAAGAUUGUAAUUCAUGAGAGCCCUCCGUAGAUAUUGCCUUUUUCACUAACACACAUGUCCGUGAAACGCUUAAUGAAUCUCCGGUAAUGAGAAAUGGAGAGUUGAGUAAUGUCAUGUGGGAGCGAACUGGCAAGUUUUCUUGAUGUGCUAGCAACAUUGUGCAAUCUACUUGCUGCGUAGACGCAAAGUAAUUUAAAAUCCGAAGGAGCGCAAAACCGCAGGUUGCAGUCUAGUCUGGUGCUAGCAGUCUUGUGAGUCUGUUAGCAAUUGUGAAGGUCACACAGGAAGCUGUUGAUUCAUGCCAAAUUGAGGGUAGUACCGGUAACACAUUUUUAUACGAUGUUGUUAGCAUGUGCUUGCUUUGCUACAAAGCUAAGAGAAGCAAACUGUACCUUGUGUUGCAAUUUUUGUAACAUUUCUACACGUUGAGGAAGCCACAUUAUAACAAGUUUCAACCAAUCGGUGGUGUGCGGACACGCGAUUUUGUAACAUGGUCUGCGAGUAUAUUUUCUGCGCUGUUUGGUUCCCCACGGAUUACAUGGGAAUUAGAUAAUGGAAGUUAAAAUUGUCUCCCCGAGUAUGUACAUAGAGAUGAUUAGAAUAAAUGUUUGUAUUAGCAGUACAGUGCGAGCCAGGGCAUUUCAUCGCUGAAGGUUUCUGUGAGACGCUGAAAUAAACAAAUGGUUAUCGAUCCUGUA